AAUAGGAUGAAUGGAAUAAUGACAUCAACACAGCGUUGCAGAAGGUGUGCUUCUACAUUUACAGUGAAAAGAGAAGACGAGUGGGUGUGGAAGUGUGUAGAAGGGCUCACAUCUCUACGGAGCAGGUGGACAAAACAGAUGAUCAAGAAGUGGAGCCUAGAGUUUUUGUACUGAAGAUUUGCCUAAUACCUGUGCACCAACCUAACAUGAAACACGUGACUCCUAAAAAGUUAUUUCUAUAUGCAAUCUUCUCUGUUUCAUGUGUCCUUAUUCUGCACAUUAAAUGGACCGAAUUCUACAGUUUCAUUUACCCGACACCAUUGGAAGUGAUUUACAAACACAGACAAUCUGUUGUAAAGUUUGUUUGCGAAAGGAAUAAUCUCACGAACAUUUCCCAUAAACUGAACAAAAAAAUUAGUGCACAGUUGUUUGUUGAACACAGCCAUAGAUUUAUCUAUUGUGAGGUUCCAAAGGUGGGCUGUUCCAACUGGAAGAGGAUCAUUCUUCUACUCAAUCGCUCUCUGCAGCUUUCAUUAAGUAAGCUUAAACAUUAUGAGGUCCAUACUUCACCUUUACUGCGGAAAUUAAGCUCCUAUUCCCUAGCCAGGCAAAAAAAGUUUCUUGCCAAUUACACCAAAGUCAUGUUUGUUAGAGAUCCUUUGGAGAGGGUGGUUUCAGCCUACAGAGAUAAGUUUCUACAUGAUGAUGAUGUUUACUACAGUAAAGUUUAUGCUAAUAUCAUAAGAAAAAGACUUGGAAUUAAUGUCAAUUCUACAGAACAUAUUACAUUUACAGAAUUUGUCCACUUUAUAAGUCAAGAAGAGCCAUAUUACAGAGACACUCACUGGAAACCAAUGUAUCAUCUGUGUGAUCCAUGCAACAUCCAGUAUGACAUUAUUGGGAAGUUUGAAAGCAUUAAUCAGGAUGCCGAUUUUGUUUUGAAGACUAUUGGGGCACCAAAGGAUCUGAAAUACCCAACUAUGAAGCAUCAUUCAAAUGAUAGUCGUACUAGUGAGGAAAUCACCAAACAAUACUUGGAAACGCUGCCUCCCAAAUUGUACAGACAACUUUUGGACGUUUACAGUGCUGACUUUUCCAUGUUUGAGUACAGUUACUAUAAAAUCUUUGGGAAUGAAACAACCCCUAUUUACUAGAGGAAAAUGACUGUAUUUUAUAUAUAGAUCCGUGGGGUAUCAAAGUAUUCAACAAGUACCAGACCCAAGAUACUAAUAAAGUGAGGCAGAGGAGGUCCCUUUGAUACCUGAAGAUUUGCUGCUAGGACAUUUUGGUUGUUGGCCCAGUUGAUGCAUUUUUGCCCAGUGUGAGCCUCUACACUACAAAGACAGAGAAAAGCAAAAUGUGUUGGCGGUGUAUUCCAAGAAGAAAGCCUGUGGGACAUGAAUGCAGAAACUCUUGGACUGGCAGUAGUGGGACUUUUAUAUUGCAAUUGCCAUUGCCUUUGUAUGCUAUUGGGAGUACAAAUAUCACAUAACAUACAGUACCCAUGUUAUGGGAUAUCAUUGUGAUGUUAUGUUCUUUUAGAGCUGUACUUGAAGAAUUGCUGCAAAUUAUGUGAUAUGCCUUUUUUUGUCUAUACACAGUAAUAGGGGGCUAAGGCCUCGUACACACAAUAGGUUAACCAGAGGACAACGGUCUGAGGGACUGUUUUCAUCAGUCCAAACC